AUUUUCGAUCUUGUGUUCGUCUUGCAUCCAUGGCUUCCUCUACUACUUCGGCCAUCACCCCCACUGGCAUCUCCACCACGACAACGCCAAAGGCGACCUCGUUUGCAGCGACUGGCGCUUCGUCUCCUGUCGUGAAGCGCGUGUCGCCAUCGUUUCUGAAACUCGUGCAAAACAUCAGCUUGUUUGAACCAGAGCCGUUGACCCCACGCGAAUUUCUCACCAAGUUCUACACCGAGCGCAACCUCCCCGAAAAGCUCACGGACGUCGACGCGUUGGUGGCGUAUUACGGCACAAACGCGGCCAAAAUGCUCGUGUUGUACACGGAACUAGACAAACGGUAUGGCACGACGUUUGCCGCGAAUCCCCCAUGCAAGUUCAAGGACGAAUGGGUCCGACGUCCAGAUGUAGUGCAAGCUGCUACAACUGCCACGGCGACAUCAUCCACUGCCAAGCCCCCUGUGAACAAGGUAAUCUUACUGGGCAAUUCCGGGGUCGGCAAGACCAACUUGCUUAGUCGGUUGGCGAAAGGCGAGUUUAGCACGGAUUUUGCAUCGACGAUCGGCGUCGAGUUCCUCACGCACGUGAUGGAGGUCGACGGCGUGCCUGUGAAGGCGCAGAUCUGGGACACGGCGGGUCAAGAGCGCUUUCAUGCGAUGAUGAGCACCUACUACCGCAAGGCCGUGGGUGCGUUGCUUGUGUUUGACGUGACGGACAAAACCACGUUUGACGGUAUUCAAAAGUGGCUCGACCAGCUCCUCCAAGUGAGUUGUUCUCACCCUCGACAAAUACGGUACUAGUUGGUACUGUACUAUUGACGAUAUCUAGGUGGCCGAGCCAGGACUUACGACAGUUCUCGUCGGCAACAAAGCCGACGUAGACCUCAACAAGCGCGCCGUCACCACGGCCGAAGCCCAAGCGUACGCGGCGUCGCACCAUAUGAUGUACUUGGAAACAUCAGCCAAGACCGGGUCGAACGUGGACAAGGCGUUUCGCGACCUCCUCACCACGGUCCACCGUUUGCAGUCGUACACGUCUACAGACCACGACACCCACUCGACGCUGGACUUGCACGCAAAGUUUGCACCGGCGGCACCUGACAGCUUUUGCGGCUGAUCAACAUCCGUUUCACCCUACUUUCUUAAAAUAGAUUUUGGCUUGUUGCUCAUAAUAAUACUCCAGAGUACCGUUAUCAGAA